AGAAUCGCAGACGUGACAUGGGAGCACCAGCAUGGUGCGCGGUUGCGACCCGACCGAUUGAGUGAGGAGGAGCGCCGGAGCAAUGCGUGGCCUAUGUCGGCGCUCAGUGUGCACGUCCGGAGCAGUCUUCCCUGACUGCCAAGCCCAAUCAUCUCCGUCCCCCGUUCGAGCUCUGGUUGGCAACGCCUACCUUUUGAGGACAGACCAGAUCACCGCGCGUCAAAAGCCUAAGGGGCAAGUGAUGGCCAUCGAUCGAUCCAGCCUCCUUCCUGGGUGGUAGCGCACGUACCGCACCUUGCUACCGCACGAUGAUCCUGCCGCCGUGCCGCGGCGAGGCAGCAUCACGAGCAUUGCGCCCUGCAUUUGCGCUGCGAGCUGCGCCUACGCGUAUGGGUAGGUGUGCAUGCAUUGCUUGCCUGCGUGAAAGGAAGAAGCCACAAGCAAACAGUAGGCAGACUUCGUUGUCGCCGUCGUCAUUCAUCAACGUCAACGUCAACGACUCCUCGGCUGAGAGAUGGAGUCAAGUAAGGGCAAAUAGGCAGGCAGGUAGAAGCUUGGCCGUGGGAUCCCAACUUCGUUUAGGGGCCCCACGCACGCACGCACGCACGCACGCACGCACGCUUACUUGCACGUACGCAUGGUCUGCGGCCAGCGGGAGACCGCCCUCGCCGGCUAAGCAUCAUCGUGUCCUCAGCAGGCCAUCUGCGGUCAGGCGGUCUUGGCAUUCGGGUGUCGACGGCCGUCUUUACACAGAGCAAGAUUUGCUCAUCAUCGUUGGCAGCGCGCGAGUUCGUACUUUUCAACCUGUCAUGGCGCCGUUUUGUGGGGCCAUCGCGAAAUCACAUGCCGCAGAAGCGGCCAAAAAGACCCCAAUACUGAACCAAGAAUGUUGUUGGAAAGCAAUGGCGCGGCGCUCACCGCUGACGCAGACGGUGUCAAGCUUGAGGAUUGCGACACAUCGUCGUCUUACUGCAAAGCAAACCCCCCUCCGUGGUCCCCAAAGACGUCGUAGCCGUCGUCACAGCUUGCAUGAGUUCACCUGCGAGAAGUCGAGCCGAGAAGUCUGCGAGAUUGCUCGUCCCUCCCUUGAGUCGUUGAUCGCUGCCCUCUCGUCGCUCUCGGCGUACCACGCUGUCCUUGUGAGACAUGGUUUUGAUUUGACGGCGCCGGCAUAUGAAUGCUCCCCGCUGUGGCCUCGUGCAUUACACCUUCCCGCGUCCUUCAAAGUGAGGGCAAAGGCAACGUCAAUGUCGAUUGCGUGACAGUGGGCUGUUUGCAAGUGCAGAACAGACGUGACCCAUCACCACGAUUCUUGCUGCGUGCAUGCGGCUGCGUCCCCACACGCUGACUUUCAAGCUGGGCGUCAUUUCCAACGCCUUACCUUCGAAAGGCUCCGAGAGAUGCUACCCUACACUGCGCUACACUGAGCUACGCUCGACCUUUUCACCGUAUGAGUCGCGCUGCAGU